AUGGAGAGCACUAGGAGGGCAUUUAGAGAAAAGCUGUGUUCAGCCUAUCAGGACAUUGAAAAAGCCUUCAGAGCAAUUGAUGUCAGUCGGAGUGGAUUUGUGUCUUUGGAUUACUUUAAGUCAGUCAUAAACGGCUUUAUAUUUCCUUUGCCAAAUGAAACUUUUCAAGAGCUAAUGAAUAGAUUUGGCCUGAAAGCCACAGGUAAAAUUGCUUGGCAACAAUUUUUAGAAAAAUUCUGGGAUCCUGGGAGCACCUUUGAAAACAGGCAGAAAAUUCCUAUGAGAAAAAAAGAUAAAGUAAAUCCAGCUAGAGGAGAUGAAGCUUUCUCCAGUGACACUGUUCUUCAGAAGCCAUGCAGAUGCAUCCAAGAUGUUUAUCCCUUUUUAAAGCAGGCAUUCCUUACGCUUGAUGAAGUGGAGGAGAUCCAUUCAGGUAAAAUCACAGAAAAUUGGAAAGAUUUUUGUAAGGCUUUGCAGUCCUAUCAUCCUAAGUGUACUGGCAUUAUUAACAGAAGUCCUAAGAAAGUCCUACAGCUGUGUUGUCCCUCUUUGUCAGAUCAACAAUUUAUGAAAAUUGAAGUUGUACAAAAUAGACCUAUAUUUAAGUGGCUUACGGUGUUGGAAGAUCAUGGCAUGCCAGUGGAUGACAGUCAAUUUAAUCUAGUAACAGAAAAGUUAGGGUUACCAGAUGGAGGGUUGAGUUAUCUGGAUUUUGUGGCAACACUGGCAGAUGCCAGAUUGAAUGGGCCGGGAGCUACAUUACGUAACAGUCCAAACCACAGAGUAAAUGAUGCUAAAUAUCACUACAUGACUGCUGAAGAGUGUCUCAAUCAACUUAAUGAUAAGCUGAUGGAAGACACCUAUUCUGUCUUCCAUGAAACAGACAGUAAUCAUGACAGUAUCAUCAACUUGCUUGACUUUCGGCAAUUCUUGGACAGCUUUCUGCUUCAUCUUAGAGAUGAGGAAUUCCUGCGCCUGCUUGGUUUGUUGGGAAUGAACGUGACCUCCAGGUUAAAUUAUUGGAGCCUUAGAGGUGAGCUAGCCUCCAAACUGGACAACUUUGCUGCAUCUUCCACGCAUGCGGAACUGGGGAUAUGGUUUGGGAAUCAGAUGUCAUUUGGGAUUGAGGAGCUGCCAGGUUAUUACCCGUUUGGCACAGUGUCUGUCAGUUCUGAGACUAAUAUUGUUGUUAGUGAACAUUACAGUAGCCCGAAGCCUCCUGCUCCAGACCUUUAUGGCACCAGGGCACUGAGAGCAGACGAGGUCAGAAAAAAACAGAUGAUAACGGAUGCAGAGCUAGCUUGUGAUCACGCUCAUUACUACCUUGUUAUCAAAGCAAGAACCAGAUGGCAUGACCUAGCAAGGAAUUUUCAGGAAUUUGACAGUGAAGGAAAUGGCAUUAAACAGCCGAGGGACUUGAAGAAAGUCUUGUUCAGAUUUGGCAUUCCAAUCACCCUGGAAGAAUUUAAGCAGCUUUGGGCAAGGUAUGAUGCAGAUGCAAAAGGAUAUCUUACUCACCAAGAAUUUUUACAGAAACCAGGGAUAGAGUUUGCACCCGCUGACACAGGGCUCAGCAGACACAUCAUGGAAGAAAUCUAUGCAUAUUUACAAGCACAUUAUAAUAAUCAACAAAAGAAGCAUUCAAAGCUGGAAGAGCAGCAGAAAUGGCAAACUAAAGCUCUGCAUGUGAGAGAAAUUAAAAAGCAGAUCAAUCCUCACCCACCUCCUGGCUGGUGGGAGCAGUCCCGCGCCAGCAGUUCCUCCCUGGUUUUCUCUCUUGGAAAGCUGAAAGUGCAAGAGUUGAACCCAGGCCUCUCAACUCCCCAGAUUUCACGUAAGGCCCUGGAAAGCCAUAAACGACUCUUAAGCCGGCGUCAUUGCCAGACGGAUGAAACCCCUGGGCGCGGUGGCUGUGAAGGCAGCGAUCGGGUCGAACGCCAGCCUUCCGCUCCGGGACCGCGUAAGAGCGCUGAGGUGCGGGAAGCGCGGGUGAGCACCGUGCCCUCCUGCCGCGAAGGUCGGUGUAAGGAGAGCUGCUCCGGGUUGGGAGAACAGAUGCGGUGGCUGCACAACUUAGCCACGGUGAUCCACGUGGGUCUCAGCCCCCACUUCAUUCUCAAUGAGUUGGAAAAACGAUGCCUUUCACCUGUCAAACUUGGACUGGGAGGACGUAUGCCUCAGGGUAUUCAUACCAAGGGGAAACGCAAGGCUCGGAUGCUGGCUCGUUGGCGGUGGCUUCGCAAGGAGCAGAGCGAGCUGGUCGGAGCCGUUAGAUCCACAGACGGGCUCGGUGAGAGGCCACGAAUCGUACCUGAUUAUGCGGGUUACACUGUUCAGCCAAAUUGUGGAGAGGCUUUGGUUAAAUCAAGAGGCAGAGGCACAUUCCUUGAGUUUCCAAAGUUUGAUCAAGAGGUCCCUGAUGUCAGUGAAAGGGAUAAAAUUAGGGAUUACUUCCAAGAUUUCAAUAAGGCCUUUCAUAAAGCGGGUAAAAAUAGAGAUGGCUAUGUAACAGUAUGUGACCUGCACAGGAUACUACAAGAACUCAGCUAGUACCUUAAUCACGAUCAGUUCAGCAGUCCUCUAAACAGCUUAGGAAUCAGCAUUCAUGACAGCAAGCUCUCCUAUUUUGAUUUCCUGAGAGCAAUUGAUGAUGGCAGAGCAUCUAAAUACCAACAGAGACAAAAGCAGGCUGCACCACCUGCAAGCUUUGCAGCACUCAGCUUAGAACAGACCCUGAUUAAGAUAAAAGAAAUAGUUGCAUCAUCUUACGAUUUGUUGUACAAGGCAUUUUCUCUAUUUGGUAAAGAAGACACUGGAGUAAUUAAAGCACUGGAAUUUCAGCAAGUACUUAACAAUUUCUGCUUUAAAUUAUCAGACAAGGUUCUUCUCAAGAACCUUAAUCUUUGUGAGGACUCCACAGUAGACUGGAAAGCUUUCCUGAAAAACAUAAACCACCUCAUAGUGACUGAGGAAGGGCAAAAAGUCAUUCCACCUAAAUCUGCUUGGGAGCUGCCAGAGAGAGGCAUCCUCUCACAGAUACAAGAACUAGUGACUGCUGGCUUUAACGCAAUUGCACAAGAGUUGAAACAUAUUGACUCUUCAAAAGAUAAUACGGUAUCAAAAGAAGAGUUCUGGGAUAUAUGUAACUGACAUUCUCAUCAGCUGACUGAAGAACAAUUUGAAAAUCUUUGGAACACAGUAGAUGUCAGCACUGGUGGACAGCUGAAGUGUCAGGACUUUUUGAAGAAGUUCAGCUCAGAACUUGUAACGAUGCUGUCCAGCACUCCCAGUGCAACUAGUUCUGCAACUUCUACCAAGCCAGCUACCCAUGCCGUGCAGGACCCAUGCAUAUCUCCUCAGCCUGAACGCCCCAAGACAUCAUCUUCUCUAGUAGGGCAAAAGAGUAUACCAACAUCCAGUCGUCCUCAGACAACAACAACUUGUUCUGCAUCUGUCCUUACCUGCAAAACCAUAGACAAUAAGAUAAGAAAGAACAUCCUACAUUCCUGGAGAGGCAUAUUGAAAGCGUGCAAAGAGAAGGAUGUCGGCAAGCUAGGAGAAAUCCCAGCGUCAGACUUCUUAGAUAUAGCAGAGAAGUUCAAUUUGGAUUUAAAUGAAGGGGAAAUUAACCACAUAACAACAAAAUAUGAUUUCAAGAAAAAUGGAAGAUUUGCAUACUAUGACUUCCUUCAGAGUAGUAUCUUGUUGUUAAAACCACAGGAAAGCUCUCUGCUACAGAGGAUGAUUAUACAGAAGCCACAAAAGCCACUGAGUCCUGGACCACAAACCACAUCAUUCUUCAGUGCAAUGCUGAGAAUUCAGCCCCAGAUCCUGCACUGCUGGUGACCAAUGAAGCGAACUUUUAAAUCCUAUGAUGAAAGUCAUACCGGACUGUUAAAUAUUGCAGAUUUCAGACAAGUUCUUCAUGAGUACAGCAUCACCCUAACUGAAGAGGAGUUAUUCAACGUUUUGGAAUACUAUGAUAAAACUUUGUCUUCAAAAAUAUCCUACAAUGAUUUUCUCCAGGCAUUCGUACAGUAG